AUGGAGGAUGAAGAUGGCACAUGUUUACUUGAUGUGUUGUGUGACCCACAAGCCCUGAAUGACUUCCUUCAUGGGACAAAAGAGCUGCUAAGUGGAGACCUGCUCAUUAAUUCUUCCUCUGGGGAGCCGUCCCUGUUCACAGACACGCCGAGCCCUGUCUCUUUGUUGGCAGACGAUGUUGGCUCUCAUGACACACCUAUAUCAGGUUGUGUGGAUCUCUCCUUCCUGGAUGAGGCCUUAUUGGCUUCACCAGCAGGAGGAGAGGAUUCUGAAGAGGUAUGCGAACCUCCACAAGUUGAGGCGGAAGUGCCACAGCAACAGGAAGAGGAGGAGGCGACAUGUGACAUCCUACAGCAGAGUCUCCAGGAGGCUGACAUUACUGAGCACACACUGGCUUUAGAGGCAGGUCUUGCCCAGUCUAGUGAAGCGCUCUCUCUCUACCCAUCUGGUAUACCCCCACCUUCACCUCCAUAUAUGUCUAAAACACUGAGCAUCUCUGGGGUCACAACAUUGCCCAGGGACACGCAAGUUGCAGUAGAGCCUCCUCAACCAUCCCUGUUAGCUGUGGGACCAGGUUGCCCUUCACUCAAGCCUGUACCACCCCAAUUAAUGGGGUUGCUACCUGGGAACGUAUUUCCUGCACCUCCCACUUCGGACACAUCCUUCUGUCUGAGUCGUGCACAGGGUUCCAAUAUGAUCAUCCACAAAACCCUACCAGGCCUUACAUUGAGCCCUGCUGUUAGGACAACAGCACCUCCAGAGAUUAUAUUGCAAAGAACCCCUCUGCCCAUCCAACCCAAGCUGCCAGUCAGCAUCCAGCCUAGAUUGGUGCAGAUAAGCCCAAAACCAUCAGAGCAGAAAUCAUCUGCAGGACUUGCUUUUAUUCCUCCAGCUGCAUCACAAAAUAUCCUGUUGUCCUCUCCUGUGGGCUCCAGGCAGUCUCUGCCAUCACAGUCUACAACCACACUCAACAAGCCUGUGAGUCUGCAGCUAGUCAACCAAGGAGGCUCAAUUGUCAUUCAGCCCCAGAGUCUCUUUCAGGGCCAGAGCCACUUUAUACUGCCUAGUCAAGGAUCUGUAAACCAGUCUGCGAGUGUCUCUAGGCCACUGCUCAGCACGUCAAACAAUCAAAUGCCAAGCGCAGCCCCUCUGGCAGGACAGCUUGUUGAUGGCUCACAGAUUGUAACUGUACGCCCCAGGCAACUGAAUUUUAGCCCUGUGUUUACCACCCCAACUGGGCAGCUCACACUCAGACAGGGCGCUCUCCUUUCCGGACCCCUGCAGCUUCAGUCAGCGCCUCCUACUGUCUUCCAGAUGCCGGCGCAGCUAGCAGGGGCCUACUCUGCUCAUGCACAGGGGCAGCAUGGUGGUGUUGUCCAUACUCCUGCCUUAGGGAAGCAGAUUACCUUGAUCAACACUCCCGGUGUACUUGCCCCUGAUAUGACCGCCAUAUCAAUAGUGAAUGGGCCAUCCGUGGUGCAAAGCUUGCCCUUUGUGUCCCAGGCACAGAGACCUAUGGCAGGGGGCCCUGAGGAGCAGCUAAGUCUUCCACAGACCCCAGUGCUUCUAUUGCCUGAGAGAAAUGCAGCAGAUAAAAAUGCAACAAAUGAACAACUGCAGAGUAUCUUACAACAAGGCACACUGUCUCCUCCAGCUUCAGUGCAAGCUGCUGUAGCCAAAAUGCACACACAGCCUUCCCCAGUCAUUACUCUUUUGCAGGCACCACCAGAGAGCACCAAUUCCCCUGAGCCUGUCACAUUAUUGUCCAAACACCUAAUUACGCACCCAGAGAAUCAGCAAGCUGUUGAAGGAGGCCAUACACCACCAAAUCAAGCAUUCAUACACCAUCCCCUACCGGAAGCACUUAAUCCUUCAGCCUCUGCUGAGUCCUUGGACAGCCACAUCUCUCCUGCAGCUAGUGAGACAGAGUCUUCACCCAUGGUACUGGCUGUGUGUGCCUCAUCUGAGGUUCUCUCUGUGCUGUCCGAGUGUGGAGGAAUCGCCACUCCAGUCCAUUCUGGGUCAGAGCAUGGUGACACGUUAGUUUCACCACCCAUAACCCAGUGUUCUGGAAGUACUCCCUCGACCAUGUUUCCUACACCCCCGCUUUCAGACAGACAACCCUCCUCAGCAUUUGUGGUUCUCAGCGCCAAAAUGCAGGGGCAAGAGGAAUCCAUGCUGUGCUUGAGUCCAUCUUCAACUCCGGAAAAGAUGUGCGUUUCUGAGCAACAGCAUUUACCCAUUCCUGUAUCUAAUGGCCUCAAUGGAGUCCUGGAGUCUGGCCUUAAUGAAGCCCAGCAGCACAUGCAUCAAAGCAAACUCAGAGUUCCUGGUGUAGUAGACGAUGAAGAAAUAGUCCCGCUGGACCUGCAAGACAGCUUUGAGGGCUUGUCAUCAGAGGACACCCAGGGCCACACUGCACUUCAGGUGCCCUGUGUGAUGGCAAGAGAAAGACUCACUCCAGCAAUGCGGCAGCAGAGGAUCAAGCAGCAGCUUUGUUCAGACUAUGACGCUGUUCUUAAUCCGAAUACCUGCUCUCGGUUCACUUCGCUAGAGGAUGCUGUGAGACACCUGUUGCCCUACCAUACCUGCUCCAGAGCCUUACCCAGCCAAACUGAUCUACUAAUAGUGGACAAGCAGUUUGAGAAUGUAUCAGGGCUGCUGCUGAAAUGUACUACAGACAUGCUAAAUAAAUACAGGCAGCUCUUGCUGACAGAGUCUCAGCAAGAAAGUCCUUCAGCAGAAAUGGUGAUGCUAGAACGGCUGUUCCUGCAGUCUGAGCGACUCUUACUCGGGGAGGAGAGACGCAGAGCAAGAGGUGAUCCAGAGUCCUUCCUGAUGUCUUUGCGUAAAGCAUCAUGGCACCGCGGCACCCUGCCUUCACGCCACUCUGAUGCCUCAGCGAGUCCCCCAUCGCCCCCUGCAUGGGCACUACACUCAGACAGACCCCCAGGUCUUAAAACAUAUUGUUCCAGGAGCAGGGGGGCGCUGCGCCUUACCAUCAAGCAUGAGUCAGGAUCACGCAAAGUCAUCCAUAACUCUGCCUGUGAUGAACCACACAUCCCCACUGGACAUAAACGCACCUUAGACGGGCAGCUAACUAACAGAGGAGGGAAUGAACAGGAAAAGUUGCUCGGUCCUACAGGGACAAGCUCAGAGCAGAAACAAGCGGUGGACGGCAUGGACAAUAACAGGACAGUCUGCAAUUUUAUCACAAAGUCAGAGCACAAAUCUGAAAGAGCAGAGGGAUCAUUUCCAGAUGUGCAUGUGCACCCGCCACAGCUUAAAAGAAGCAAGCUGGAUGUUGCAGAUGGGUUGGGGGAUGAAGGUGGCCUGAGUGAGCACCUUCAGAGCGCUAUAGACAGUAUCCUGGAGCUUCAGCGGCUUCAGGGACCAGCAGCUUGUCUCAAACCCAAACUCCAGCCCUGCACACUGGAGCAGAGCAUCAGCUGUGUGCUGGAGGGAGAAAUGUAAUACACAGAACAAGAAUCUGCGAUACAAAAAAAACAAGUGCCGCUUCCAUCCUACAGCUGAGUAUAACUAACACUGUCUGACAGACGCUAAAUUCUUACUUUGUUCAUUCCCACUCAAAGAGGGCCAUAAAAAUGGACCUGAUGUAAAGCUCGUUAAUUAUUUAAAAGGAGUAGACUGGGAGUCCUGAUGUGAAUAAAUUGAGUGGAGCACCUGUUUUUUUUUUUGUUUUUUUUUUUAAAGCUGCGCCACAGUAAUUUUUUAAUGUUGGAUUUAGUGUUAAGUAAGGAAGCUUCCAAUGUGCUUGAUUUGUGCCAACAUUGACAAUGUCAGUUGCAUUUGCCGAGUGCCUGUGUGUAUUGUUGUCUUUUCUGAAUGUAUGUCUGUGCGUUUGUGUGACAAGUACGAUAAUUCAUGUGUGAAGGGGAAAGAGUUUGCUUGGUUAUAAAUAAUAUAGUACAGUUUAAGAAAGUUUGUACACUACAAGUGUAUAGUAUAUGGAUACUGAUGUCCGUGUCAGCUUGUUUAUCCCCAAAGAACACACACUUCAUUCUGAAAAUCACCAGCAAAACUUAUUACUGCAUUCAAGAGAUUCUUUUCUUUUAAAAAAAAAAAAAAAAAAAAAAAAAAAAAAAAAAAAAAAAAACACAAGAAGGUCUCCACUUCAUAUUUGCAUCAGUGAUUAUCGAAAGUAAGAUGUUCUACUCCAGUUACAUAUUAGCAGGUGUUCUUUUUGUCUGCAGAAAACUGUGAUGCAUCUUACUGUUUAUCAAGGAGAUAAAAACGCUCGAAGAGAUAUUCUAAAAUACAAGCAAUAAUGAGCAGUUGGUCUUGAAUACAUGGUCGUGCCUCAGUCCAACUUCUAGCCGCUUUUGCUUUCUGUAUCGUGAUUCCCAGCCGUUCAUUGCCUGUAUUCUGGCAUUAGAAAAAUAUUAUGUUAAAAAACAAACAACAGCAAUAUCAAUGGAUCAUUGGGUAAUCGCUGCAAAUUAAAUUGAUCAGGAUACAGAAAAAAGGUAUUUUAUUUCAUGUUUUAAAAUUAGCCCUCCUCCAUAAAUCACCCGAGUUAACACCACAUCCAUAAGUACAAAUAUAAUGUUGGUUGUGUGGUCAUUGACAAUCUUAAAAUUUUGUUAGUGCUGUAUAUCAUACAAAGUAAAAACAUUUUAAGAUGAAGCAGUAUGUCCUUGUAAGCAAAUAUUCAGGAUGUAUGGAAUAUAUGGAUGUGGAACUAUGGAUGCAUUGGGAUUUAACAGUAAACUAGGGCUUAAGCAGAUAGAGGUAUAGUUAAUGAUUGACUUUGUGCCAUUAAGUUAAAUAUCCACAUGUCCACAGACUUUAAUGACUAUGUUCGAUACAGUCUGACUUUUCAAUUUAGACAUGCUCCCAGACAUGCUAUGCACUGGUAAAAGUUUCAGUUCACAGUCACAAAAACUAAAGGUGACAGUAUAAUGCACUUAACCCUACGAACUGUGACAAGCCCUAAAUGUGACAAGGUGCCAUUUUUUCAAUGGAUGAUGUCAUUCUUCUCCACUCAUUCUCCGCUUUCAGUUUAUUAAAUACUGUGAAUACGGUAGCAUGUGUUGGACACCGCUUCAGACUACGACACAUUUUACUGACCGAUUGUUCUAAUGCCAAAAUCAAAGAGGCCUUAAUUCUGCAGUACCAGAUUGUAAAAAUAAAUAAAUAAAUAAAUAAAUAAAUAAAUAAUAAAAAAAA